CAUUGUCAAAUUUAGUACAAAAACGUCAAGUUUUUUACUAAAAGUUGUUGUUUUCAUUAAAUUCUAAUUUCCAAAUUUGUUUUCUUCCUACAAUAUUGAGGACAAUUGUUCAUCGACAAAUUAACUUCACAGCCACUGUUAAAAAUGGUUGACGAUUUGCGAAAAUUCCUAAAUCAUUUACUGGAGAAGGUAAACGGUCUCCACUGUAUACUAAUCACAGAUAGGGAUGGAGUACCUGUCGUUCGGUCUGUGACAGAGAAAGCGCCACAACUGGCUCUGAGACCAAACUUCAUUUCCACCUUCGGCAUGGCGACUGAACAAGCAAGCAAACUCGGACUUGGCAGGAAUAAGACUAUUAUAUCUAUGUAUUCAAGUUAUCAGGUGAUACAGAUGAACAAACUGCCACUGGUAAUUACAUUCAUAGGCAGUGAUAACUGCAACACUGGCCACAUACUGUCACUGGAGAGUCAAAUAGAGCCCUUCCUAAAGGACCUUGGGACAAUAGUCGCAGAUGCUCCAUGAUAUAGCUAUUAAUUUAUAUUUAGGCUGAUAACUGAAGUAUUUUUCAGUGCAUGUUAGUAUUUGUAUUGUAUUUCAGUGUUAAAUUUAUAGGAAAAUAUUUUUUGCUUUAUCUCUUUACGUUCUCUGUUUGACCUACAAUUUGUUGGAAAAUGAUCUUUACCUGCUCUCUUUUUAUAUUAACAAAGAAGUUGCAAGGCUUUUUAAAAAUUAUGGUCAACAGCAUAAAGUUAUUGUGUUUAAAUAUUGCAAUAUGAAAUUUUAUUGCAGUUAACUAUUAAUAUGAAUUAAUAAACAUGUACUUAGAAAUACUUCAGUAGUUGACUGAUAUAUUGUUUAUUUAAAAGCAAGUUUGUAUUCCUAUAUUUUAUUUUAAUCAUUAAUAUAAACUGUUACUUUCUGUUUGUGAUAUAGGCAUUUUGGUAAAAAUGUUCUAUAAGGAAUGUAUCCAUGGUAUAUCUAAAAUAUUUGUAGUUGACACAUCAACAAAUUUACAUACUGUGCAUGUGUAUUGCCUAUAAAUGGCAAGUGGACUUAAUAGAUGCAAAAAUGUCCUGAAACUUUCCCUUUUCUACAAUUUCUACAUACAUUGCAUAUCCUAGUUAAAAAUCUUCUGCAAAAAACUUUACUUGUCUAUGAUGAUAUAAAAUACACUAUAUGUUAUGUGUUUAAACAAGUAUAGUACAGUAAGUAAGUUGAUGUGCCAGGUAAAAAAAUUAUCAAGAUAUAAUGGCAGGGCCCAGGGUGCUAAAUAGGGAUUUACUUGAACGUCACGGGGAAAUAUUCAAUUUGAUAGAUUAGAUGACAUGAAGAAUAAAUGGUUUUUACUUAUAUAUAUAUGAUGAUUCCACAUUGAAUGGUGAGGAAAAAAGAAAUCAUUAAGAUACCUCCUGCUAUAAUGUUGAAAAUUAAAAUGUUUAAAAAUCUAAAUUCCAUUAUAAAUAAUUCAUCUGGUGAUGUCGAAUGUUUUGAGGGUAAAAUAAUUUUUUAUCCUGUUUACCAUGGGCAGGUACUGAUUGAUAGCUAGUUGUGUAAAUAUAAUGUAAAUAUGUACCUGUAUUUGUAUGAAUAUGUGCCUCUAGUAUAGAUUUCGCAAUAUGUAUCAAAAAUGGCUUUAUAAUAUAUUGUUGCAAUUUUUA